AUGCUGGCGGUCGGGGAGGUCGAGCAGCACCCCGGGAAUCCCUUUUGGGGGUCAGGAAGCGAGGAGGAGGGCCGCAAGGGAGACAUCGGCGUUGGGGAAAAACGGAGCUUACUGGCGCAGGCUUUUCUGGCCGGCUGGGCAGGGGCGGCAGUGUCGUCUUGGUCUGGGAGGGAGCAGGGGCAGUGCAGCUUCGGCUUGGGGGAGCAGGGCGGUGUAGCUUCGGCUUGGGGUGGAGGCAACCGGAGGUCGCCGUACACGGGGGAAACAGGAGGACCAGAAGGAGAUGGCGUGUCGCCUGAGUCCGUUGGAGCUGGGAAAAGAGGGAUGGGGGAAUUUCCAGUGGAGGCGGUCCUCCGCGGCGAAGCGGCUCGGGGAGGAAAAGGCCGCGGCAGCUCUGGACAGGAGGACAUACUGGAGGGAGGUGGCGUGGGGCGAGUGGCGGCGGAGGCACUGCAGCAGCACUGCAACGGCAGAAAAUCUGGUGCCGUGCGCAGGGUGAGGAUAAGGUCAUAG